UAUAAAAAGGCCAGGGAACUAGGUUUCUUCGUCAGUUCAAUUUGACAAAGUGUUUUGAAUACUGGGAAGCAGUCAUGACGAGCCUUAUCUACCUAACAUUCAUCACCUUUGCUAACCUUUGCCUUAUUUCGGCAGAAACGCCAGAGACCUUAUCAUCCAAGUUUAAUCAGUUGACCCCCAAAAACUCUACUGGAUUACCUCUUGUCCCCGUCAACCCCAUAGAUGCACUCUUGGAUCAAAAAGCAGCCAUAACGGAUGUGGAACAACAAGAGAAGGAGCUGGAUGAACUAGUGGCAGAGAGCCAACUGGACAGCCCCAUUCCCAUUCCUGUUGUUAACUAUUUGGAACCGUACACAAUUCAUUCAUUCACCAUUCCACAAAACGGACAUCCGCCCUUGACCAAAUCCAGACUUUCGUUUAUCCAGAGCCAAUUAAGGGAAAUCAUCUUUGAGGACCGAAUUGCCCACGUGGUCAGAAUCAUCUUCCAUGAUUGCGUUGGUGGUUGUGAUGGCUGCCUCAAUCGAGAUUUACCUCCCAAUAUGACCCCCAUGCUGAACACUGCCACCCUGUUGGACAACUUGUACGACUCCCAAGGCUUUAGUGAUUGGUUGUCCCGAGCAGAUUUCUACGCCUUGGCUGGAAUCACGGCUAUCGAAAUUGGAGUAGAGAAUGCCAAUGUUGGUUGCUUUUUUUUCAAUUGCAUCCGCAUGCCACGAUUCCACUUCCGGUAUGGUCGAAAGGAUUGUGCCACGAGCCCUCUUUCAAGUGGCGUCCAAUCUUUUCCCGAGGGCAAAGAUGACUAUGACGCGGUUAUGGAGUUUUUCGCCAAUGAGUUUGGUUUGAGGCCUCGUUAUGCAACUGCUCUCUUGGGCGCUCAUACCUUAGGGGGAGCUGCUGGAGCUGCUGGGUCCGGGUUCGUUGGAUUUUGGAAAGAAAAUGCCAUUGAAGCAGCUAAAUUUGACCAGAGAUACUUUUCGCUCUUGUCUGACCGACGGCUAUAUUGGAAUCACCUCGACGUUUCCGCUCAGACCGGUGCAAAUUCGCCCCGAUUUCAAUGGGAGGGAUUCGUUAACAAUCAGCAAGUGUCAUUCAUGUUGAAUUCGGAUGUGAGCUUAUUGCUGGACAUUCAAACCAACAACGUUGGGCAAAGCUCGUGCAACUUCAACACUUGCCCUUAUUCACCCACGGCAUUACUGGUUCAUAUCUACGCCCGAUUUCCCAACUUUUGGAUCCGCGACUUCGAGAGGGCCUUUGCAAGAAUGAUUGAGAACGGCUCGACGUGGCUUCUUGCAGUUUAAAUCAGGAAAGGGCAUAAUCCUGCCUCAUUUCCCUGCCACCACAUCAACAAAUCUUUAUCUCAGUUACAUGAUUGACUGGACUGGCUGGAUUUGAAAGAACGAAUGCAACGGAUGUUGAGUACAGGAUUCUAGUAUGAAUAAUAAACUGGCACUUUCUCCACUUCCU